UAAAAACCUUAGUUAAACCUCUGGUCUUCGGCAUGAACGAAAACCUGUUCGAACGAAUGUUGUGCUCCUUCAAAGCUUCUAGUGUUCUUCCAAUUUCGCUCCUUCAACACUUCGGCCCCAAUUGCUGUUAGUGGUCGUCUUCUUUGUUCAACCACGCUUCUCUCUAGUCUCUAUGAAUAGCGCGCAUUUGUAGAAUCUGUUCUGGAGAUACGAGUAAGCCCACAGAUUUUUUUUUUGUUUUUCCUGUGGGUGUGCAUGGUUUACAUGUGAUGCAAGGUUUCUGUUAAGCUAGCUUGGCAAUCAUUUGGCUGGCAUGGACAUAGCACAUUGCUAUUUAAAGGGUAAUGCUGAUGCUGUGGAGUUUUGUCCACAUGAUCCCUACCAUAAUGUUUUAGCAGUAUCCACUUACACAUUACAAGAAGGUUCUCAGCCCUGUCGACAUGGAAGCAUUUCACUCUUCAAUGUUGAUGUGGAACCAGGUCACCUUGACAUGGUUUUUAGUGAGGAAACUGCUGGGAUUUUUGACAUAAAGUGGAAUCCACCUGGCGGGCAUGCAAGUCCUUUUCUAGCUCAAGCAGAUGCUGAUGGAUACUUGAGAAUUAAAAUGCUGGAGGGUUGCUGUAAUGGAGUGGAAGGGGUUAAUCUAAAGGAGAUCACAAAUGAAAAAAUCAGUAACUCUAUGUGCUUGUACCUGGAUUGGAACCCUUCAGCCACAUCCAUCACAGUGGGGCUUUCUGACGGCUCUGUGUCUAUUGUUUCUUUUCUUGAAUCCAAGCUGGAAAUUCAAGAAGAGUGGAAAGCUCAUGAUUAUGAACUUUGGACAACCUCCUUUGAUAUCCACCAACCAAAUUUGGUAUACACUGGCUCUGAUGAUUGUAAAUUCAGUUGUUGGGAUUUGCGAGAUAAACCUCCCAAUGUGGUAUUUCAGAGCUCUAAAGUCCACAAAAUGGGUGUUUGUUGCAUUGAGAAGAGUCCACAUGACCCAAAUACCUUGUUAACUGGCAGUUAUGAUGAAUUCCUAAGGGUAUGGGAUUUAAGAUCAAUCUCAAAACCCCUUAAUUCAAUUAACUUGGGGGGAGGAGUUUGGAGGGUUAAGCACCACCCCUUCAUUCCAGGCUUGGUUUUGGCUGCUUGUAUGCACAAUGGUUUUGCUAUUGUCGCCAUUAAAGGCAACAAUGCCGAAGUGUCGGAAACUUACAAGAAGCAUGAUUCUCUUGCCUAUGGAGCAGAUUGGCAGAAAGGAGAAGCAAAUCACAUAGGUGGGAAUACCAAACCACUGGUGGCUACUUGCUCAUUCUACGACAAACUUGUUCGGGUGUGGAGGCCAGGAAAUGAUCUUAUCUUGUAGAAUGUAGAUUGAUGCUUAACGUUAAGUCAUGAACCCACUUGAAAAUGUGAUACGUAGUUUAUUUAUUGAAUUAUGGUUGAAUUACAUGACACUUUCAUUUACAGUUAAUCAUUUUUACUCACUCAUUCACGGCUUGAAGGAUGAGCUAACGUGUCACUCUUUGAUUGUA